AGGGUUGGAAUGGAACCUAAAGAUCAUCUACUCCAAACACCCCCUGCCAUGGCCAGGGACACUUCCCACCAGACCAGGUUGCUCAAGGCCUUAUCCAGGCUGGCCGUGAAAACUGCCAGGGUUGGGGCAUCCACAAACUCCCUGGGUAACCUGUUCCCUUGUCUCACCACCCUCACAGUAAAGAAUUUCUUGCUAACACCUAACCUCUUUCAAUCUGUACCCAUUGCUCUUUGUCCUGUCACUAUGAUUCCUAGUGAAGAGUCCCUCUGCAGCUUCCCUGUAGGCCCCCUUCAGAUAUUGUGAGGUCUCCCUGCAGCCUUCUCUCCUCCAGGCUGAGCAGUCCCAACUUUCUCAGCCUGCCUUUGCAGGGGAGGUGCUCCAGUCCUUUUACCAGCUUCGUGGCCCUCCUCUGGAUUUGCUGGUGAUGCCUUCCUCUGAGGAGCUGCGUGGGCAGCCAUGGAUGGGUUUCAGCACCAGCCAGCCCUGUUCCCGUGUUGCUGUGGAUGGGUGCUGGUGUGUGUAUGCAGUGAUACAGCUGGUACUUAAUGCAUCAGGGCUGUCCUGCACACCUGCAGGGCACUUGCACCACGGCAGUGUAGCCUGCAGACAGCAAAGGCCUUGGGAACUAUGAGCUUGACUUAAGGAAGCCCUUGACUUUGGAAACAAGCCCCAAAUCUAAGAAAAUUCACCGUGAUGUCACACAGGACUCUGCUGACAGGGCUGUGCAGCAUCACAGCAGCUACAAAUACUUGCUGUAAAUAGUGAUGUGUCAUGGUUGGUGUGACUCGAGGUGCAGGGAAUGGAAAUAAAACCUCGUGCCACCGUCACUGCUGGUGUUCACUGUUGCUUUCUGCUUUUGCCAGAACUCGGCACUUGCAUGUGCAGGUGGCUGUAUGGGCUGGCGCAGUGCUGCUGCUGAGACCCCACGCAGGUGGAAAUUAGUGGCCCUGCAUUCUGCUUGUGCUGAUACGACCCUGAGUCCCCAGUGGCCUCUGUCCCUGGCCAGGAUGGAGUAGGUGUAGAUGAGAAGCUGUCUUUACGGCGGGUGGCCGUCGUAGAAGAUUUCUUUGACAUUAUCUAUUCCAUGCAUGUUGAAACUGGGCCCAAUGGAGAACAAAUCAGAAAACACGCUGGACAAAAGAGAACAUAUAAAGCAAUUUCAGAGACCUAUGCCUUCCUACCGAGAGAAGCGGUGACACGAUUUCUAAUGAGCUGCUCAGAGUGCCAGAAAAGAAUGCAUUUAAACCCAGAUGGAGCGGAUCAUAAAGAUAAUGGAAAACCUCCAACAUUGGUGACCAGUAUGAUUGAUUACAAUAUGCCCAUUACUAUGGCUUAUAUGAAACACAUGAAGCUGCAGCUACUAAAUUCACAGCAAGAUGAGGAUGAGAGCUCUAUAGAAAGUGAUGAGUUUGAUAUGAGCGACUCAACUAGAAUGUCAGCUGUAAACUCUGACCUCAGCUCAAAUCUGGAGGAGAGAAUGCAAAGUCCUCAGAACCUCCAGGGCCAGCAGGAUGAUGAUUCAGCUGCAGAGAGUUUUAAUGGCAAUGAGACCGUGGGACACAGUUCCAAUGCUUCAGGGGGAACACACUGCAGGGAGAUGGCAGAAACCAACAGUAAUGGCAAAACAAAUCUGGAGCAGGAUGAGCAGCCUCUGAACCUGAGUGACAGCCCCCUCUCUGCUCAGCUGACUUCAGAAUACAGACUAGAUGAUCACAGCAGUAAUGGAAAGAACAAAUACAAGACUCUCCUAAUUUCUGAUCUGAAGAUGGAACGGGAGGCAAGAGAAAAUGGAAGCAAGUCCCCUGCACAUAGCUAUUCAAGCUAUGACUCUGGCAAGAAUGAGAGUGUAGGCAGAGGUGCUGAAGAUCUGUCUCUGAAUCGAGGAGAUGAGGAUGAGGAUGACCAUGAUGAGCAAGAAGAUCCUGAGAAGGUUAAUGAAUCAGACGGUGUAGAAGCUGAGCGACUGAAAGCUUUUAACAUGUUUGUCAGGCUGUUUGUAGAUGAAAACUUGGACCGAAUGGUCCCAAUCUCUAAGCAGCCAAAAGAAAAGAUCCAGGCUAUCAUUGACUCAUGCAGGCGACAAUUCCCUGAGUAUCAAGAGCGUGCCAGAAAACGCAUACGUACUUACCUCAAGUCCUGCAGGCGGAUGAAAAGAAGUGGUUUUGAGAUGUCACGACCUAUUCCCUCACACCUUACUUCAGCAGUUGCAGAGAGUAUCCUGGCUUCCGCCUGUGAGAGUGAAAGCAGAAAUGCUGCAAAAAGGAUGCGGUUGGAUAGACAGCAGGAUGAGGCUGCUCCAGCUGACAAGCAGUGCAAACAGGAGCCAGCCCAGGUCACUUACUCAACAUCAGCUGUUUCCAGCACGCAGGAGGUGUUGUACAUCAACGGCAAUGGGACCUACAGUUACCAUAGUUACAGAGGGCUCGGAGGUGGGCUGCUAAAUCUCAAUGAUGCUUCUAGUAGUGAUCUGCAGCCUACCUCUACCACAGCCACAACUCAGCACUGCAUCCCAGGCACCACGAACGUCCAGUCCCCUUCCAGCUCAGGUCCAACAGAUCUCAGUAUGAAGAGGCAGUUAGGAACCAGCUCUGGAUCCUCCAGUAGUUCCAGCUCCAGACCCCAGCUGAGUCCGACUGAAAUAAACGCAGUGAGGCAGCUUGUGGCAGGGUACCGAGAAUCAGCCGCGUUUUUAUUGCGCUCUGCAGAUGAACUGGAAAACCUUAUUUUGCAGCAGAACUGAGUCAUGUGACCUUCACACCGGCCUGGUCCUAUCUCAGAAUUUCCACUAAUGACAUUUUGAUUUCCCAGAGCACACACUUCAGUUACUGCACAGUCUUUUAGGAGAGUUAAUUACCAUAAUGCCACACUGUUCUUGAUCCAUAAAGUGAUGUGUUAAGGUGCUUCAAGUGAACUUCGACCUCUGGUGUUUCCGAGGUACUUUACUGUGUCCAGGCUAUUGCUUUUGUUUUAGUGUGUCAGCAUAAAUAUCGAAAAAGUGGCUAGAAAUUAACUCAUUCUAACAAGUGGAGGAAACAGAAGAUGCUGUGAUGGUUUUUUAAAACAAGUGGUUCAAGAUCCAAGUGCAAUAUUAGUGGAAUGUGAUACUGACUCAUUGGACUUAAAGCUGCAGUAUAUGGCAAAACAUUGCCAAAUGUCCUGUUGCUACAGGGCACAAUUGCAAUUAAAAGGAUCUUGUAUUUUAAAAAAAUGUAAUUUUUAUAAAAAAUGAAACAAAAGAUUUUUGUUUUCAUUCAAGAUUUUUCAUUUUUACUUUGGUAAACUUUUUCACUGGUCCUGAAAAUGUUUUGAGGAGCUAUUUUAAGUCCCCCCUUCCUCUCUUGAAACCCUGGCUGUGCCCUUCUCCCCAACUUCAUAUUCUUUCUACAAUGAGUAACUCUUGAUGCUGGAUAAUUUCCUCCCCUGUGUACUGUAAAUUGUCAUCUAUGGAAUACCUUCCAAAGGAAGUAUGCAUUUCCUGCAUUCAUGCCAUUCUCAACUCCAUUCUGUAAUAUAUUGCAGCUUUAUUAGUGAUUAAUAAAGAGUUGAGCGUUUUUUUAAAAAGACAUAUCGUUGAGAAAAAAAAAAAGAUGAUUUGAUUUCUUAUGGUGAGCUCAUCUGACUCCAUGAUCACUGCUGCUGUCUUAUACAAGUCCCUCUAGUUGUGAUUGGAUGUAGAUGAUGAAUGUUAAGAGGUUGCAAGUGACAAUCUGAAAAUUUGCACUCUUGUGUGUAUUUAUUUUUUUUUCCUUAAUUUAAACAAAAUUCUUACUAAGGAAGGUCAUUGACACUUCUGGUAUAAUUUGUAUAAUUCCCAGGCCUAGCUAAAACCUGUAUAAAACUGUAAGUGGAUGCAGCUGCAACUAUAAUAAAACUCUUCUCUCCCCUUCCCCACUCUUCCCAACCCCUCUAUUUCUUAUUUUAUAAUAUUGAUUACACAUUAAUGGUGUUUUCUUUGUGCACUAUGGCAGGCUUCUUUUUAAGUAUAUAGAAAAAAGGUACUUUAGUUUAUGCUUAUUGUACUAUCUGUUCUGUUGUUUAGCUUUUGUUGAAUAACAAGUUUCUUGUGCAUUCCUAAAUUUGCCUUAUUUCAUGUAUAAAAUUUUAUGUAAUUCCGUUUUUGACAAUGAGUUUAAGGCAUCAGUGAUAUUUUAUAUCUACUUGUUACAUAUAGUUUUCCAAGUAAUGACUGUGAUUGUGACCAAGUAAUGUGCACUUUUUCUUGUAACUGUGGACAUUGCUAUGCUUUUUUUUUUCUCUAGUGUUUCUAGAAUUACUGUUGCUUACAGUUAUGUAAAAGAAAACGAACUUUUGUGAUACUGUUGGUGAAUAUUAAUGUGAAAAAGCCUAUGAAAUAUGAGUAUUUUGGAGGUACAUAGAUACACAAACAUCUCUAAGUUGUGGACUCAUGUUCACAUAUUUAAAUGAGAAUUCAAAACCUGAGGGCUGGAAUCAUUUCCUCUGUUUUGUUUGGGUAAAUAAACAGAUUUCUGUGUUUAAAUA